UUUUUUUUUUACCAGCCAUAAUCCAAAAAUGAUUUGCGCCUUCACUACUCUCCCAACAAGCACCAUUCGCAUCACUCAAUCCCUUUACACAAGAAGAACCACAAGAAGUAGAAGAACUCAUUUAGUUUUACUAGUAUCUUCAUUAUAAUUUCUACCAUUAUAUUCAAGUACGAUCUACGUUAUCUGGACGUCCUUCAAGUCUAAAUGGCUGCUUCUAACAAUUCUUUACUGGCCAAUGCCAACACACCUCAGCUUGCUGACUCACUUGAAUCUGCCUUGAUACAGUUCAACAAGCUUGCUGCCUCAGUUCAACAUCCUGUUACUGUUCCUAAUCCGUCCAAUGCAGGUAGAGGUUUCGAUGAAUGGCUUGCAAACGAUCUCCAAUACGGGGCUCUGCUGGUUGGCGAUGAAACGCCUCCUAUUACCACAGCCAGUCCAUAUUCAUUCGAAGACGAAUCACCUUUACUCAAGUACGAGACAGUAUUGUCAAUUACUCCUGUGCCAUCACUUUUCGAGCGCCCCAAUACAUUUCAAUCUCACCCCUGCGGUAUGCAAGGCCUAGCAGCCCAAGAGUUUGGACUCGGCCCAAUGGAGCUCUUAACACCUCAUGGACUGACAACCAGCCGACUACAGCAAGCAGCAGCAGCUCUCAAAAUCCCUUGGAGCCAAGAACUUAAGACUGCAGUGCUAGAACAGACUAAGAAGCUCCCCCUGAAUAUAAUUAGCUCUAUCGCUCAGGAAGGCAUAUUGUCUUCAUCACAAUCAUCUACUGCUACAGCGGCUACGGCUAUGACUAUGGCUACGGCUACAAGUACAGCCAAGAUUAAGGCCAAGACCACAGCCAAGCGCCCUUGCAGUAUUGACGAAGAAGAACCAGAGGAAAUUCUAGCUAAGCGUGCUAAGAACACCGAUGCCGCCCGCCGGUCCCGUCUCAAGAAGUUAAUCAAGUUGGAGGGGCUAGAGGCUAAGGUGGCAGAGCUGGAGACCAUUAAACGUUGCCUCAAUACGCGGGUUGCAGUGUUGGAAACAGAGAAGAAUGGCUUUUUAAUCAAACAGGCUGAGCAGAAUGCAAGGAUUGCCCAGCUCGAGGCUAAGAUUAUGGAAGCCCAUCUUGCUUUAAAGACUCGAGAUCUAUGAUACUUUUAUUAUUAUUUUUUAGUACUGGUAGUUGUUAUAGUAAAUAUAUAUUUAUGUCUACAAUGAAAAGCUAUAGGGAAGUAGCAUGCUUCUCCCCAAACAUCACAAUAAUAGUGUGGCUACAAGCUAGAGGUGUGGGCACUAGACUAGGCUAUUGGCGGGCUCGUUUCUUCUCCGUAGAGGCCAAGACUCGAAGCGUUGCUCCAUACUCACUGGUGAAGC